AUGCGCAUGCAACAACGCAAGGGGAAUGUUUACGACGAAGGCUCCAUCCAGGAAGACUAUCAAGAAACGGAAAUGCUCGAUCAGCAGCUGAAGAAAGCUACAAGGCUUAUGCCAAAUGCCUGGUGGCUACUUCCUUCACUGGAUAGAAUUUCCUCUGAUUUUGAAGUAGCUGAGAAAACUGCAAGAUUGCUGGUUCAAAUGCAUCAGUUCUAUCUGCUGGUCCUGCUGCACCAGCCAUAUAUCAUUGAACACCUCGAGGGAGAUUAUCAUAAGCACAGUAUCGACCCAUUAUCACCUGAUCACAUGUAUAGCAAGCUUGCUGCUGUAUCUGCAAGUCGCGAGGUGAUUGCCCGGUACCUUGUUCUCCGCAACUACCACCGGUCACCAUCUUCUCGCGCCAUGGAUGACAAGGGCUUCACAGCCUCACUCACUCUCCUUUUGACUCAUUUAGAUGGCCAUUGCCUGGGAAAUGCAAAUGUACUCGAACAUCAACGACCGCAUAAUCUUGGCAUGAUUGAAACGGUGGCCAAUCUCAUAGAGGAUUUAAGGGCUUCGGAUGAGCAAUGCUUCGAUGUUUCACAAGCGCAGGUCCUGAGACGCUUCAUCAAAAUAGAGGCCGAUGCAGCAGAUGGGUCAUCUUGCCAUACUCGAAAGGGCGAGGGGAACGAUAGUGGUAGAACCGAUGGCCUGGAGCUCUCCAUUCCAUAUUUUGGGAUCCUGCAUAUCACACGUCAGCAGAAGCAGAGAUCUUUUGGAAUGGAAAUACCAGAUCCGGAUUAUGUCAAGAUGUCAGAAGUCUUCCCAGAGAUGUUGAUUCCGGAGAGGUACAACUUCUAG